UGAAGAUUGUAUUGGAAGAAGCGAAAUUGCAUGUCUCAACUCAACAUGAAAGCUUGAUCUAGCUAAAUUAUAUAUGUUUUAUAAUCGUUAUAUUUCUUUAUAAUUGUUUCUGAUUUAUUGUUUCUAAUUAUUCAUACUCAUCAAAAUGCCUCGUAUAAUGAUUAAAGGAGGCGUUUGGAGGAACACUGAGGAUGAAAUUUUGAAAGCUGCUGUGAUGAAAUAUGGCAAAAAUCAGUGGUCACGAAUUGCCUCCUUACUUCAUAGGAAAUCUGCAAAACAGUGUAAAGCUAGAUGGUAUGAAUGGUUGGAUCCAAAUAUAAAGAAAACAGAAUGGACCAGAGAUGAAGAAGAAAAAUUAUUACAUUUAGCUAAGCUGAUGCCUACUCAAUGGAGAACUAUUGCUCCCAUUAUAGGGAGGACAGCUGCACAGUGUUUAGAACAUUAUGAAUAUUUGCUAGAUCAAGCUCAAAGAAAAGAAGAAGAUGGUGAUAUGGCUGAUGAUCCUCGAAAAUUGAAACCUGGUGAGAUUGAUCCUAAUCCAGAGACCAAACCUGCUCGGCCAGAUCCUCAAGAUAUGGAUGAAGAUGAAAUGGAGAUGUUGUCUGAAGCACGUGCUAGGCUUGCUAAUACUCAAGGCAAGAAAGCAAAAAGAAAGGCUCGUGAAAAGCAACUGGAAGAAGCCAGGCGUCUUGCAGCUCUUCAGAAGAGAAGAGAGCUGAGAAUGGCAGGUAUUCAGUUGGAGGCCAGAAAGAGGAAAAAAAGAACAAUAGAUUAUAAUGCUGAAAUACCCUUUGAAAAGAAACCAGUACCUGGAUUAUAUGAUACAUCAGAGGAAACUUAUGAUCCAAUGCAACCUGAUUACAAACGUUUAAGGCAACAGCAACUAGAUGGCGAAUUGAGAAGUGAAAGAGAAGAGAGAGAAAGGAAGAAAGAUAAGCAGAAAUUAAAAAAUCGAAAAGAGAAUGAUAUACCAUCAGCCAUGUUGGCUGGAAAUUUUGAACCUGCAAAGAAAAGGAGCAAAUUAGUAUUACCAGAACCUCAAAUUUCAGAUGCUGAGUUAGAACAAGUUGUGAAAUUGGGAAAAGCCAGUGAAACUGCCAGGGAAGCUGCUGAAGAAUCUGGUAGUAAAGUAUCGGAAACUUUGUUGCCAGAUUAUACUUUAACUCCUGCUGGAUUAAAUGCACGAACCCCUCGCACACCAGCUUUGAGCAGGGAUUCUAUUCUUAUGGAAGCGCAAAAUCUCAUUGCUUUGACAAAUGUAGAUACACCUUUAAAAGGAGGACUUAAUACUCCUCUUCAUGAAUCAGAUUUCAGUGGAAUAACACCUAGAAAGGAAGUUGUUGCAACUCCAAACAACUUAAUAACUACUCCAUUUCGAGCAUCAGUGCAUGGUUCAGGUGUAACUCCUGGUCGAACUCCUGGCUUGAAAUCUUCCAGAGAAAUGACACCUGGUACCACGCCUUUGAGAGACAAAUUAAAUAUUAAUCCGGAAGAUCAUCUUGGAUUUGAGGAUGUUCUAUCAGCACAAAAUUACAAGGCUGAAAGCAGAAAUAUGUUGAAAGAAGCUUUAUCUUCGCUUCCUGCUCCCAGAAAUGACUAUGAGAUUGUUGUUCCAGAAGAUGAACAACCACCAGGUGAAAAAGAACAAGCUGAAGCACCUGUGGUUAUGGACCAAGCUGAUGUUGAUCAUCAAAAGCAAUUGGAACAAAAAGCAUUGAUGGAAGCAGAAAGGAAAAAACAGUCAACUGCUGUACAAAGAGAUCUUCCACGACCAUCUGAUGUCAAUUCUAAUAUAUUGAGACCUUCUCAUUGUGAUCCUCCUUUAACUGAACUUCAAAAAGCAGAAGAACUUAUUAAGCAGGAGAUGUUAGUGAUGUUGCACCAUGAUGCUUUAAAACAUCCUUCUCAGAUACCUGGCUCUGGUAAAAAACCCCAACAGCCACGUUCUAAUGUUGCCCAUCAUACUGCUUAUCUUGAGAGGCAUCCAUAUGUUGAAUUUGGUGAAGAAGAUAUUCAAGAGGCAACACAUUUGCUUAAAGAUGAAAUGGAAGUUGUGAAGAAAGGUAUGGGUCAUGGUGAUCUUAGCUUAGAAGCUUAUACUCAAGUGUGGGAAGAAUGUUUGGCUCAAGUUUUAUUUUUACCCUCUCAGAACAGAUAUACCAGAGCCAAUCUGGCCAGCAAAAAAGAUAGAAUUGAGUCAUUGGAGAAAAGAUUAGAGCAAAACCGAAACCAGAUGACUAAAGAAGCUAAAAGAGCUGCUAAAAUUGAAAAGAAACUACGAAUUUUGCUUGGAGGAUACCAGUCUAGAAAUCAAGCUCUAAUGAAGCAACACCAAGAUUUAGUUGAACAAGUUGAGCAAACUCAUUUGGAGCUGAAUACUUUUAAAGCUCUACAAGAACUUGAAAAUUUGGCCAUCACAAAAAGAGUUGAAUCCUUGACUGAAGAUGUGAACAGGCAAGUUGAAAGAGAAAGAAUGUUGCAAAAGAAAUAUGAAGAACUGCUGUUUAAGAAAACUAAAUUAGAGGGUGAACUUGAAGUAGCUUGUAGCAAAGUCUGAAUUUCAUAAUAUACCAAUAAGUAUUUUGGUGUUUUAUGUUUGUAAAUAUGCAUUUAAAUUUAUUGUUAUAAUUACAAGUUAGUUAUCUCCUCUUUUUUGUUAUUUUUAUUCACAUGAAUUGUAAGUGGAUGCUUUUAUUUCUGGAUCAUGUAUUUUUAAAAAGAGGCAUCAAUCUAAAUCUUAAUUAAUGAAGUCUUGUUUCCACAUUAUUACCAUUGUAAAAAGUAUUGGAAAUAAUAAAUUCAUUUUUCAUUAGUA